GUUCCUCAAUUCCAUCAGCUCAUCUUCCUCCUCUCUCUCUGCUGGCAGGUCGAACAUCGGCCUCCUGAGGUCGACACCCGAGGUCUGGCUAGAGUGAGUGUAUAAGACAGCUUAAUGAUCCAGUGAGAGCAGCAGCCUCAAAGCCCUCUCCAGGUCUUGAUGGCAUUGGCCUAGCUCUCAAGCCCGCCCGCCCAGAGCUCAGACAUUCUUCUGAGCUGCAAUUCUGAAAGUGCAUGCUACCGAUGAGCGCAAGGCAGUUCUGAUUUGGGAUCCCAAUCGGUUGUAAUCGGAGACAGUGAUAGAGGGAAUCAGAAAGGCUUGCAAAGAUGGCCGGGUGCGUGGAAGGAGAUUUGGCCAGUCUCACGGGGCUGCUGACGGCAGCAGGCCUGAGCAAUGCCAGCUCCAUCGGGGAGUUCAUGUGCAGCAAAUUCGCCGACGUCUCGUCGAGUUUGUCCACCCACACGCUGGCCGUGGACAACAUCUACCUGCUCUUCUCGACGUACCUGGUCUUCUCCAUGCAGAUCGGCUUCGCCAUGCUGUGUGCAGGAUCGGUUCGAGCCAAAAACACCAUGAACAUCAUGAUGACCAAUGUGCUGGACGCAGCGGCGGGAGGCAUCUCGUUCUACCUCUUCGGAUUCGGUUUCGCCUUCGGGCGCAGCCAGACCAACAAUGGCUUCAUCGGCAGCAACUUCUUCGGCCUGCACAAAAUGCCCAACGAGACCAAUGGCUUCGACUUCAGCUUCUUCCUCUUCCAGUGGGCGUUCGCCAUCGCUGCAGCAGGAAUCACCAGCGGCUCCAUCGCCGAGCGCACGCAGUUCGUCGCCUACCUCGUCUACUCAUCCUUCCUCACUGGCUUCGUGUACCCGAUCGUCGCGCACUGGAUGUGGUCCAUCGACGGAUGGCUGGGCGCCGCCGCUGUCACUAACCGAUUAUUCGGAGUGGGAGCCAUCGACUUCGCAGGCAGUGGAGUAGUGCAUAUGGUGGGAGGCAUCGCAGGCCUCUGGGGAGCAUACAUUGAAGGCCCGAGAAUUGGCCGAUUCGGAAGCAAAGGCCAGCCCGGCAUGGACAUGAGAGGCCACAACGCUUCGCUCGUCGUGCUCGGCAGCUUCUUGUUGUGGUUCGGAUGGUUCGGAUUCAACCCAGGCUCGUACGUCAAAAUUGUGGUCCCCUAUGCCGGCUCGGCCUUCGAAGGCAACUGGACUGGAGUGGGCAGGACCGGAGUCACCACCACCCUCGCAGGAUGCACUGCAGCUCUGACCACGCUCUUCGGUCGCAGAUGGAUGACGGGCCACUGGAAUGUGCUCGAUGUGUGCAAUGGUUUGUUGGGAGGGUUCGCAGCGAUCACGGCCGGGUGUGCUGUGGUGGAACCGUGGGCCGCCAUCAUCUGUGGAUUUGGAGCUGCAUGGGUGCUCAUGGGAUUCAACCACCUCGCACCCAAGUUCAAAUAUGACGACCCUCUGGAAGCUGCGCAGCUGCACGGAGGUUGUGGAGCUUGGGGACUGCUUUUCACGGGCUUGUUUGCGAGAGAGAAGUAUGUAUUCGAGGCUUAUGGACCAGACCGUGGACACGGCCUCUUCAUGGGCGGUGGUGGCAGGCUUCUUGCUGCUCAGCUCAUCGAGAUUCUGGUGGUUAUUGGAUGGGUAACUGCCACCAUGGUUCCGUGCUUCUAUCUUCUGGACAGGUACAAACUGUUGAGGAUUUCACCUGAGGAUGAAAUGGCGGGUAUGGAUCUCACCAGCCAUGGCGGUACUGCUUACUCCAACGAGGACCCAAUUCUUCUUCCUCCUCUCUCCGUCAGGGCAGGACAAAAUUUCGCUAAGGCCGAUUCUGUGAACGCCAGUCGUGAAGGAUCCAGGAACAACAGAGAAAUGCAAGAAGCCAUUUGAGACAUCUGGUCACGGUGAAACACAUUCACAUAUUAGCAAGAGAUUGUAGUUUGGCAUUCGUUGUAGUCAGUCCGACCACAAAUGAUCUCUCGAUCGAUCACAAGUGAAGUCAGAUUGAUGACGCAUAUUUAGCAGUAGUUGGGUCGAAUGAUUCCAAAAAAUUGAAUUUAGAUAGAUUUUCCUAGUGCUGGAUGUCGAAGAUGUAACGACCCGAUUGAUCGAUCGAUCAAUCAGCUCCAGCUUAUCAAUAAGCACCAAUCCUUUACCGACUUCCAGAUAAAUAAUCUGAAGUCCUUAUAUGAAUUACAAAUAGUUUAUGAUCAAGCAUACUUGAGUCUUUGUAAACUCGCUCGCUUGGAUGAAUAUAAAAGACGCC